AUGGCGUGGUGCUGCCCCCAUGUGGGCGAGAAGAAGAACUACAGCACCCUGCAGGACGUCAUGGACAAAUACGACCUCGGACACAUCAUUAAAUCGGAGGAGUUCUGUGAGAUCCUGCGGGCUAAGGAGCGUAGCAGCUUGAAGGUGUUGUGCUGUAAGCACUUCCAGAAGAGACACGGACGCUGCGUUCGCACCGCUGCCAAGAACGAAAUCUGCAUCCUCAAGAUGUACUGUGUGUGUGUGUGUGUGUCAGGUGCUGAUGUCCAGAGUUCUAAGGGAGGUGCAACAGAGUUCAAAUAUCCAUCCUACGUCCAACACAUCAUGGGGGAUAUCUUCUCCCUGGGCUUCGGUCCAUUCCGCUGGGUGUGUACGUCAGGUGACCCGGCCGACCUUCAGCAGACAGAUGACAUUGCCGCCGCCCUGCUGGAAGAGUUGUGUACUGCGGCACCAGAACGCAUCAAACAACAGUACAGAGACAACAUACUGUGGAUACGGCAAGCUGGCACACACAAGAUGGUGGUUGGUUCCCAGGCUCGCAUCCUGUACUCAAACCAAAAGGGACGUGUGGCCAUCGCCGUAGCGAUCAACAAGGCAAUAGCCAGCGGCAGAGUCUCAGCUCCAGUGGUGAUCAGCAGGGAUCAUCAUGAUGUCAGUGGGACAGACAGCCCCUUCAGAGAGACCUCCAAUGUCUAUGACGGCUCCGCCUUCUGCGCAGAUAUGGCCGUGCAGAACUUUGCCGGAGAUGCGUUCCGUGGAGCCACGUGGGUUUCACUACACAACGGUGGAGGAGUGGGCUGGGGUGAGGUGAUGAACGGAGGUUUUGGUUUGCUGCUCGACGGAACAGAGGAGGCAGAGAGACGAGCAACACUCAUGCUGAACUGGGACGUCUCAAACGGGGUGGCUCGCCGGUGCUGGUCAGGUAACUCGAACGCGUACGACACGAUCGAGCGCACAAUGGCGGAACAGCCAGAUCUGCAGGUCACCAUGCCUUACCCUGUACAGGAUGAACACCUACUGGACCGAGCACUACAGGGAUGAAGACACACACACACACACACACACACACACACACACACACACACACACACACACACACACACACACACACACACACACACACACACACACACACACACACACACACACACACACACACACAGCCACAGCUGCAAGUCACCAUGCACCAUGCCAGGGUUAUUCCAAUGGAGGUCCUGGGGCCAGAUGUGGCCCUUGGAUGGCAAGGUUCUGGCUCCAUAAGGUCAGAACAAAAUUAAAACUAAAUUUAAACAGGGCCUAUGUGUGCUAUCUGUGGCCGUGCUUAAUUUGCGACCACUAACACUUCAGGUUGGGGAUAUCUCUACUAUGCAGUCACAUGAGAGUGAAAUCUUAUCUAAAACAGUGUCAUAAAUAGACCAUUCUAAGGCUACUAAGAAAUAGAGAAGCGUAUAGACCUAUCUGUUCUGUCUGGAAAGCUAUCCGUUUGUUUUGCACCCUAACCUCAUACACCGUGCUGCUUGCAGUUAUACAGAUUCUUCUUUCGGCCCUUCACUGCAGAGAAUUUGAAAAACUGACACUCAGUGACUUUUAACCCUCUAGCUACCAUAACGGCCGUGAACGCCCGACUGCCUCUCUACCAUAACGGCCGCGGCCGGCCGGAAUAUUUUCAUAACUGAACGGCCGUCAUCAUGCAGUUUUUUCAGCUUUCAAACACUUUAGCUCAAUAUUACAGACCGUCCUCGAUAUACUUUCAGUAUAAAAACUAUAUGUUUAUAUUACUUUAUUUUUCAGUAUUUUAGAUUUUAUUACGGGAUGCGCCGCUUUAUGCGACUUGGCAAUCUGCCGUCAAUUCAAAUGACGGCCGUCCGAGAUUGAAUGGCUACAAACACAACCAUUCUGUUUCUACAACCAAUAUACACAAAAUAUGAAAACUUCCAACCCUCUUCGAUUUUCAUGGUCAACAGCACAUGUUUAUGACUAUUUAGGCUAUUUUUAGAUCAUGUUGUUUUAUUAGGCUUAUGAGAUGGUGUUCAACUGUGAUGGGUUCUGCCAUGGUCCUAAAUACCAAACACAACUGUCCA